UCAUACGGUUAAUUGAAAAAAUAUAAUUUGUUUACGUGAUAAUUGCAAAAAUAUUCGAUAAUAACUGUAAACACAGCUAUCAUCGAAUAGAAGUUUAAAAAAAGAUUGGGGAUUUAUCAAAUUUCAUUUCAUAAAAUUUUCAUGGUGGAUUCCCAUUUUUGUCGAUUAAUUGUAAAUACAGCGGGAGUGGAAGCAGCCGUCGUUAGAUUCCAGCUAGUAAAGCAUUUCGUGUGGGAAGCCAUUUGCUCGAAUUGCUUCCUCUUCUUCUUCUUCCUUUGAUCUAUCGGACCAGCUUUUCGCAUCUGGUUCGCAGAUCUCCCUCGAAAUUCACCGCGCUUUCAAUUUCUAAAUCCUUGGAACUCUUCAAAGGCGUUUCAAGCAAUUUCAAAUAGAGUGUGGGGGUUAGGGUUUACGAAUUCCCCUUCCCUUCCCUCACUUCGAUGGAAUUCUUCAACUUGUAGCAAGCAAAGCUUGUUGCCUUAGAGGGAGAAUAGACACUGCUGGUGUUGCUCAGGUUUUGAUCAUUCGAUAGCCCUUUGUUUUCGUGGGUGUAAAUGUGUAUGUUUUGCUAGUACUUUUGAGUUUUUAUUGCAAUUAAUGUGCAAAGGGGUUUGAUUGGAUUAAGUUUUCGGAAUGGCGGAGUCGACCCCAAUCUACCUGAGCAUUAUUGCUUUUUUCUGUACUGUUGGAGCCAUGGCUUUGGCCAUUAUGCACAUCUACAGGCACCUCAUGAAUUACACUGAACCGACUUAUCAGAGAUACAUUGUCCGCAUCAUCUUCAUGGUCCCGGUAUAUGCAUUGAUGUCGUUCUUAUCCCUUGUUAAUCCUGCGGGUUCAAUCUACUUUAAUUCCAUUAGAGAAGUCUAUGAAGCUUGGGUCAUUUAUAAUUUUCUAUCACUGUGCUUGGCAUGGGUUGGCGGCCCAGGAUCUGUUGUUGUAAGUCUCAGCGGUAGGGUUCUAAAGCCUUCCGUGGUUCUGAUGACAUGUUGCCUCCCUCCCAUACCCCUGGAUGGGCGCUUUAUACGUAGGUGCAAACAAGGAUGUUUGCAGUUUGUGAUCCUGAAGCCUGUAUUAGCUGUUGUUACCCUCAUACUUUAUGCUAAGGGGAAAUAUGCAGAUGGAAAUUUCAGUCCAAGACAGUCAUACCUGUAUCUCACUAUUAUCUACACUAUCUCAUACACAACAGCUCUCUAUGCUUUGGCAUUGUUUUACUUUGCUUGCAGAGAUCUACUCCAGCCCUUCAAUCCAGUUCCAAAGUUUAUUAUAAUCAAAUCUGUGGUUUUCCUCACUUAUUGGCAGGGUGUGUUGGUCUUCCUUGCUGCGAAAUCUGGGUUAAUAAAGAAUGCAGAGAAUGCUGCUCAGUACCAAGAUUUCAUAAUAUGUGUUGAGAUGCUUAUUGCUGCUAUUGGUCAUUUAUAUGCAUUCCCUUAUAAGGAGUAUGCUGGUGCAAAUAUUGGCGGGCCUCGAGGUCUGACUGGAAGCCUCUCACAUGCCGUAAAGUUGAAUGACUUUUACCAUGAUACAGUCCACCAGUUUGCCCCUACUUACCAUGAUUAUGUACUCUACAACCCUAGUGAGGGUGACGAGGGGAAGAGGAAGUAUCGGUCACGCACCUUUGUGCCGACUGGCCCAGAGAUGGAUACUGUCAGAAGAAACAAGAACAUGUUUGGGAACAAGAUAGAUGACAUACAGCUUUCAAGUCUUUCAUCUUCUAGCUCAAGCACCCCAGAUAGUUCUGGUCCAGUACCCAAGUCUGCGAGUUCAGAUGCAAUAAAGUCUUCCCUUCUUGUUGAUACCUCAAAUUCUGCAUCAGUGCCGUAUGACAUGUCACUCAUCGACUUAGACUUGAACAGUUACCCCGCAAAGGUUCCUUCAGCAAAUGAAGGUGGCACUAGGUGACAACGAUAAUCUGUGGUAGACUCGUAUGAAGAAUAUUCUUACAAGGAAAACAGUUUUAAAAUGUCUCUGGGGCCUUCGGGAAAGCUUCAUUUGCUUAAUAGUGUGGUGAAAUUGGUGCUGGGUAUACUCCCUUUUUCUCUCUGUGGUUUGAUAUGCACUUUCGUCACUAAUAUCUUGCUUCCCACUGAGAUUGUUUUCAAUGUCUUGUUUUGUAGAUAUGGAAAAUCUAAUUGUCAUACUUGCUAGGUCACAAUAGGAAAAUCGAUUUGGUUUUUUCGCAUUUUUCGUUGCACGAUGAAAGAGUUCUGUUGUCUGUUGGAUGUCUUGGACUUGACAUUGAAAUAUUAUUCUGAACUGUAACAUGGUACAUGGUUCAUGUUUAUUCA